CUCUGUGCCUCCCUGAUGACAGCCCUCGCCACAGCUCCCGAGCCAGCCACCACGUCCCUGCAUACUUCAUCAUCACCUGUGCCACCAGAAGCCACCACAGCUUUGGGGCACAACCUGAAGACCCUCACAGUCACCUUCCCCAUCUCCACCCUCCGGUAUUCAUCAGACAGGAGCAACGGCUCAGCCACGUUCAACUCCACUGAGAGGGUCCUGCAGAGCCUGGGGAGACCCUGGUCCCAGCAGCUCCUGGUGGGUUAAAUCCCACCCAGCCCCUCCCCCAACCCCUGUCCCUCCUGCUCCUCC